UGACAACCUCACUCUUCUUCACCCUCUCCACUCCCUCUCCACUCCCCCACAAGAACCUUUCUUCUCCCCCUUCACAUCCCAAUCCUCACAGUAGAUAGCGAAUUUAACCAUCUGAAACAGCAGCAAUGAAUCAUCGAGAGAUAAUGGAGAUGUUCGACAUCCACAUGGGAGCCCGCAGAUCUGAAUCCCGACAACAGCAAACUUCUGAACCAGCACGCCCCAGCCGUUCAGAACGUCAUCGCGCCCGUUCAGAACGUCAUCGCGCCCGCCAAGAAGCUCUUGCACGCAACCCACCAGCACUCUCUGCCCUCGAAGCAUGGAAUGCCCCUCUUGUGCAGAAUGCGACUGCUCCGACCCCGCAAGCAGCUCCUGCCCAGACCUCACAAGAAGCUCCUGCCCAGACCUCACAAGCAGCUCCUGUUCAGACCCCACCAGCAGCUCCUGCCCAGACCCCUGCAGCAACUUCUUCCCCCGAGGAGUCGGUUGCGACCCUUCGGGCCAAGCACCGGCCAAAAGGACAGAAGGUCCUUUUUGUAGAACCCGAGGCGAAGAUGUCUACCUUCCAUGACCUGAGGGCCUCGUGGUUUUCAUGUCCCACUGCUCACCCCGGAGGAAUUCGCCACCCUAGGGUCUUCACCCUCAUCGGCCGUGACGACAUGGUACCUGCGCAACAGCGAGGUACCCUUCCCAGGCCGACUGCAGCUUCUCAAGUGGUAUUGCCCAGGAGGGCACGUCGGCACACCCCGCGCCGAAUGCCACGACCUCCUCAGGCUCAACCCAGGCAAGCCGCACAAGCACAGCAAGCCAGGCGAAGUAGACGAACCCAGCCUUACGCCAACAGCAGGCGCCUCAGCCUAUUUGGGCUCAGAAUGCAAAGAAGUAAUUGA